GUAUUUAUAUAACUCGUUGAACAGAACCACGCGGACGACUUUGUCUCUCUCUCUUUUUUAAUGAGGUUUCCCUUAAUCAUUCGUCAGAAGUUGGAUCAAAACAUUUUUUUCCCCCGUAAUUGGGAUUUCAGUCACUCGUCUAUUUAUUCAAGUUGUGGAAACUCAACUAGUUGCGGUCAGUUCGUGAACUUGGAUCGCGUCUUGCCGCUUUUCACUCGGUUCGGGGUUUCGGCAGAGAACUAGGAUGUCGGCGGUGAAAGCGCUACAACAGUGGUGUAAGCUCCAGGUUCAGGGUUACAGAGAUGUCACUAUCACCAACAUGACCACUUCUUUCAGGGACGGGAUGGCUUUCUGCGCCCUCAUUCAUCGAAACAGACCCGACCUCAUUGACUUUGAUUCCCUGAUGAAGGAUAAUGUCUAUGACAACAACCACCUGGCGUUCCGGGUAGCGGAGGAUGAGUUGGGGAUCCCAGCUCUGUUAGAUGCUGAGGACAUGGUGGCCCUGAAGAUACCAGACAGACUCAGUAUUCUGACAUAUGUCUCACAAUACUACAACUAUUUCCAUGGCAAAUCACCUAUUGGCGGCAUGGCGGGGAUAAAGCGUCCAGCGGAGGCAUCCACAGAAGAGGGGCCUUCUGGGAAAAAGAACCAAGCAGUUGUCUCCAAGGUCUUCCCCGCCUCUACCCCCUCUAAAUCCGCUACUGAGAACCGCCCUCCCCCCUCCUCCUCACCUAAAGCCUCAACCAGACCAGACAGGGCAGCACAGAAGGAUGUGUUGUCGGAGCGAUCCAAUAAGACGGGGACUCUGAGCAGUAAGUGUUCCGUGUGUAAUAAACACGUUCAUCUGGUCCAGAGACACUUAGUGGAUGGGAGGCUGUAUCACAGGAGCUGUGCCAGGUGUAGUGAGUGUUCCACCACUCUACUGUCUGGUAACUGUAAACCUGGACCAACACCAGGCUCCUUCAUCUGUACCUCCCACCACCAUCCCCAGGGGGCGCUGCCAACACACACCCCUCUCCGAGACCUGCCCAAAAACAACCCUACUACCCCUGCUGAAUCCAAAUACACCUCUCACCCUCCUCCCACUGUCAAGACCACCCCUCUCUCAUACCUGCCCAAAAACAACCCUACUACCCCUUCUUCCUCCAAAUACACCCCUCACCCUCCUCCCACUGUCCAGACCACCCCUCUCUCAGACCUCUCCAGGAAUACCCCCGGAGCCAAAUACACAGACCCCCCGAAAUCCACCCCAGCUCCGACACCCACCAGUACCCCCUCCAAAUUUGUCCCUAGCUGGCUGAGCUCCAAAUCAGACGGAUCCAAAAGCACCACCCCCUCUGCCUCCUCCUCGCGGCCCAGCCCGGGGCUCUCCUCCCUGGGCAUAGUGAGCCCUGCAGUCCCUGGACCCACCGCAGUCCCACGGAACUUCAACACGACUUCAACUACCCAGCAGGCCCGGCUCCAGUUCUUCCAAUCUGGUAACACCACCACUGGGCAGGAGAACCAGGGCAAGACCCAGACUCCGGGACAGGCACCGAGUCUACCCACAAAUAGAGUCCCGAACGCUGGCACACAGGGGACAGUAGUGGGGGUUGGCCAGGGUGUGAGUGUGGUAGUGAGUUUGGGUGGCAGUGGGGUAGGGGGUAAGGGAGAGGGUUCAGGUUGGGGUGGAGGUAAGGGAGGGGAUAAGGGUGUGAAUGUGGUGCUAGGUGGGGACAGGGAUGUGGUUCAGGGUAGAGGUAGAGUUGUCUUCAAGGUGGAUGGUGAUGUGAAAGCCUCUCCAUCUAAAGAAGACUGCAGUACCAAGACCCAGGCUGCUGCUGUCAUCACUAAGAAACUAACAGAGAACAGCAACACACCAACAGCUGGUGCUGUCAUCACUAAGAAACUAACAGACAACAACACAACAGCUGGUGCUGUCAUCACUAAGAAACUAACAGACAACACCACAACAGCUGGUGCUGUCAUCACUAAGAAACUAACAGACCACAACACCACACCAACAGCUGGUGCUGUCAUCACUAAGAAACUAACAGACAACACCACAACAGCUGGUGCUGUCAUCACUAAGAAACUAACAGACCACAACACCACACCAACAGCUGGUGCUGUCAUCACUAAGAAACUAACAGACAACAACACCACACCAACAGCUGGUGCUGUCAUCACUAAGAAACUAACAGACAACAACACAACAACAGCUGGUGCUGUCAUCACUAAGAAACUAACAGACAACAACACCACAACAACAGCUGGUGCUUCAAGUCCUCCGUGGCAUCCUGUAGGACUGAAGAAGACCGAGAACAGAUCUCCCUCUCUCAGACCUGCCCCUGCUGAAACGCCUAAGAAAGAGACAGAGACUCCUAAAAAGGAGACUGGGGGCAGAGUUAAGCUAAAAGCAGACCCGUCUCUCCUCGCCCCCCUCACCCCCAACACCUCCACCCCGACCCCAGCCAGCAGAACAGGCCUGUGGAACAAAACCCCGGAUAAGGCAUCCGGAGCUGCUUCUCCCAGCAACACUAUGGCAACAGCAGACAACAGCAGCUCUCCUGCUGACUGGCGGUCCAGGCUCAAACCUGCCUCCAAGCCUGUAGGACCUAAAGACUCCUCUCCCCUCCACCCUGACAUUCAGAAGGCUGAAACCCUGUCUCGGCCCUGGGCCGGUGGAUCAGGAAACGCCCAGGCUUCAGUCCCUGCUGGGUCUACUCUGGCCCCCUCCAGCCCCCCAGAAGCCUCCUCACCCAGCCCGCUGAACACCGGCCCUGGGACAUGGGGCGUCCUGACAGGGAAGAGCUCAACGACAGCUCACGGCUCCAACACAGACACCAAGACACCUAAACCAAGUAAACCGGACUACAUCCCGAAGGAAGAGAUCCUCAGAGAGCUUCAGGAGAUAGAGGACAGUGUUAAUGAGUUGGAGAGGAAAGGAGUGGACCUGGAGAAACAGCUACGCUCCUGUGAAGAGGAGGGAGAAGAGGACGUGGUGAUGGAUGACCUGAUGGUGGAAUGGUUCAACCUCAUCAGAAACAAGCAGGUGUCCAUGAGGAGAGAGUCUGAACUGGUCUACAUAGCGAAGACACAGGACUUGGAGGAACAGCAGCCCAGUGUAGAGCAGGAGCUGAGGAGACUCAUGGACAAACCUGAGCGGCUGAAAACGUUGUGGGACCGUCGUAGAGAAGAGGAGUUGAUGGUCAAGCUGGUGGAGAUCGUCAAUGACAGGAACGCCAUCAUAGACGGACUGGACGAUGACCGACUCAGGGAGGAUGAGGAAGAUGAGCAGCUCAAUAAGAUGAUGAAGACCCUAGACACAAAGAAAGAGAAGAAGAAGAAGUCCAGCUUUAAGUUGUUUGGUAGGAACAAGAAGGAGGGAUGAUCCCACUGGUAGGAACAAGAAGGAGGGAUGAUCCCACUGGUAGGAACAAGAAGGAGGGAUGAUCCCACUGGGAGGAACAAGAAGGAGGGAUGAUCCCACUGGGAGGAACAAGAAGGAGGGAUGAUCCCACGGGGAGGAACUCUGGGACACACUGUUACCCUGCUUGAGAUGUGGUUAUCACUGUUACCCUGCUUGAGAUGUGGUUAUCACUGUUACCCUGCUUGGUGUCUGUCUGUAAUGUGUCUAUAAUACCCUCCUGACGUGUGUGUGACCCCUCAUUGUCAUCCAUGUCAUCACACUGUGCUCUCUGUGUCAAGCUGAAACCCAGUAUAACACUACACCACACGGUUGUCUGUAUGUAAUGUGUGGUUGGUUAGUCUGUUAGGUCUCUGGUUCAUGUCUAUAAUACCCUCCUGACCUGUGUGCGACCCCUCAUUGUCAUCACACUGUCCUCUGUGUCAAGCUGAAACCCAGUAUAACACUACACCCAGCACAUCCACACGGUGUGUGUGGUUAGUUAAUCUGUAUGAUGAGGAUUAUGUAGGGAUCACUGCCUAAUAAUGACUCAGUGCUAAUGGCUGACAUCACUCAACCGUGUGUCUGUAAGUAAUGUAAUGACUCAGUGCUAAUGGCUGACAUCACUCAACCGUGUGUCUGUAAGUAAUGUAAUGACUCAGUGCUAAUGGCUGACAUCACUCAACCGUGUGUCUGUAAGUAAUGUAAUGACUCAGUGCUAAUGGCUGACAUCACUCAACCGUGUGUCUGUAAGUAAUGUAAUGACUCACUGCUAAACAUCACUCAACCGUGUGUCUGUAAGUAAUGUAAUGACAUCACUCAACCGUGUGUCUGUCUGUAAGUAAUGUAAUGACAUCACUCAACCGUGUGCCCUUUGCCCUCUGCUCUUUUUAAGUCACCCAUGUUUACAAGCUACAGAGAGAAGUUGUUUUGUUGAGGGGUCGGACAACUCUUCCUAUGACAUACCUAUCGUCUGACCCCAGAUCAGAUGUUAGCUCUGUAAUCACCCCUUAGUUCGUUUUAUAAUGUUAUGUCCUGACCCCAGAUCAGAUGUUAGUUCGUUUUAUAAUGUUAUGUCCUGACCCCAGAUCAGAUGUUAGUUUGUUGUAUAAUGUUAUGUCCUGACCCCAGAUCAGAUGUUAGUUUGUUGUAUAAUGUUAUGUCCCGACCCCAGAUCAGUGAUGAGUGUCUUAUGAGCUUUUAUUAAGCAGCAUUUUGCAUUGAUCAAAGUUAAUGUGUAUAAAUGCUGGCCCUUCAGCCAAAGGGUUUUUAUUCCUUAGAAGAGACUCACCUUUACCAUUUAACAUUCUGUUAUAAUGAUCAGUGGUGCCUUAGUGACAUCACAUUCUGUUAUAAUGAUCAGUGGUGCCUUAGUGACUUCACAUUCUGUUAUAAUGAUCAGUGGUGCCUUAGUGACAUCACAUUCUGUUAUAAUGAUCAGUGGUGCCUUAGUGACAUCACAUUCUGUUAUAAUGAUCAGUGGUGCCUUAUUGACUUCACAUUCUGUUAUAAUGAUCAGUGGUGCCUUAGUGACAUCACAUUCUGUUAUAAUGAUCAGUGGUGCCUUAGUGACAUCACAUUCUGUUAUAAUGAUCAGUGGUGCCUUAGUGACAUCACAUUCUGUUAUAAUGAUCAGCACGGUGCCUUAGUGACUUCACAUUCUGUUAUAAUGAUCAGUGGUGCCUUAUUGACUUCACAUUCUGUUAUAAUGAUCAGUGGUGCCUUAUUGACAUCACAUUCUGUUAUAAUGAUCAGCACGGUGCCUUAGUGACUUCACAUUCUGUUAUAAUGAUCAGUGGUGCCUUAGUGACUUCACAUUCUGUUAUAAUGAUCAGUGGUGCCUUAGUGACAUCACAUUCUGUUAUAAUGAUCAGUGGUGCCUUAGUGACAUCACAUUCUGUUAUAAUGAUCAGUGGUGCCUUAUUGACAUCACAUUCUGUUAUAAUGAUCAGUGGUGCCUUAGUGACAUCACAUUCUGUUAUAAUGAUCAGCACGGUGCCUUAGUGACUUCACAUUCUGUUACAAUGAUCAGUGGUGCCUUCACAUUGUUCUAAUGAUCCAUAUUGGAUCUGAGCGUGAAUGUGCUAUUCAAAAUGGUCAAUACCUGUGUCGUCAUUGAUGAGGGGCAAUUUGUUUUAGCUAACGGCACUUUUAAUAAAUUACAAUUAAUUGUUUUCUUUUUAGAUGGUUGUGUCAGAAUUGAGACAUUUUAUGAAUCUGUAUAAUUUGUGGUUUUAUCAGAAUGGAGAGUUGUCUUUCUAAUUCAACACACUGGUAUUGAAGGAGCUGUAAUCCACUGUGGAAGGCAGACUACAGUCGGACUGAAACCACUAUUAGUGUGUAACUGCUCCUGUGUUCCCAUGAGUCUCCCUGAAUAUACUGUCCUGUGUUCCCAUGAGUCUCCCUGAAUAUACUGUCCUGUGUUCCCAUGAGUCUCCCUGAAUAUACUGUCCUGUGUUCCCAUGAGUCUCCCUGAAUAUACUGUCCUGUGUUCCCAUGAGUCUCCCUGAAUAUACUGUCCUGUGUUCCCAUGAGUCUCCCUGAAUAUACUGUCCUGUGUUCCCAUGAGUCUCCCUGAAUAUACUGUCCUGUGUUCCCAUGAGUCUCCCUGAAUAUACUGUCCUGUGUUCCCAUGAGUCUCCCUGAAUAUACUGUCCUGUGUUCCCAUGAGUCUCCCUGAAUAUACUGUCCUGUGUUCCCAUGAGUCUCCCUGAAUAUACUGUCCUGUGUCUCUGCUGUUUAUUCCUGAUAUCUCCUUUUUUUUCUUCCUCAAUAAAUUCAAUAAUGAUGGAAAAUGUA